UUUUGCAUCGUAUGCUUGCAGAAUCUGCUAUUUGUUCCACAAAACUCUUCAGCCAUGAUUGAUUUGUGUCAGUGGAGAGCUAGAAUAGGAUCCUGGAACUGUACCCGCCAUUGGAGACAACCCAGUGCUUGUACUAGUACCGGUAAUAUUUACUGUAGAGCUGGUGUAGUCUCGCGUGCUGGUGAUGCUGCACAAGAAAAGGGCCCUAGACUUGUUUUGUCUAUUUUUUGUCUUCUUAUCCUCCUCUUCAUAUCAGGAGAUGUGGAACUUAAUCCUGGACCCACUCUUACAGAUAAGCCCACAAAAGAUGAAUUGGUUGAGUUAUUGAGUAGUUCAAAGUUUACUGCUGGUACUUGGGAACAGUUUGUCUGUUGUCUUCCCAACAUGACACAAGAUAUCAUUGCUGGAAUCAAAGAGAGAGAAUCAAUAGAAGAGGACACCAUGAGUGCUGUAGCUCAACAUUGUCUUGAUAAUAAUCCUGAUAUAACUUGGAAAAGGGUCAUUAAUGCUUUGCUGGAUGCUGAUGAAGCUGCUGUGGCUCGUAAUGUCUUAGAUAAUCAUUCAGGUACAAGUUCCAGUAAAAAUGUCUGCAGAACAGUAAAGCAAGUCCUAAGAAGUCAUUACUCCAAAUUAAUGGAAAGUACUGAAACUUGCCUUUUAAAAGUAGCCAGUGAGUUGUACAGCAAAAAUUUGAUCAAUAAAGAAGUUAGGCAUUCACCAACUUUUGACAAAAUUGAAAUAGAUUUCUCGGCAAUGGUUUCUUUGCACAAAGGGGAUGCAAAAAAGAUGAUGGAGGUGUGUUCCCUUUUUAUAGACUGUCUGUCAACUGCAGGUGGUCCUGCUCAAGAGGAAGCCAUUGCACUAGCUAGAGACUGGGAGAAUGAAGUAUUUAAAGACCAUCAAGUAUCAUUUUCUACUUUUACUAAGACAGCCACAGAAUAUACUCCUCAAGAAGUAAAACUUAGCUUUAACGAUAGCCUAGCAGUUGAACUUAGAAACCUAAGCAAGAAAUAUGUAAUGCUAAUAGAUGAUAUUACUAAGUAUUAUGCUUCCAGCGGAAAACAUGAAGCAAUUGAUCUUGCUCGAUGGGUUCAAAACACUUUUUAUGAAACUGGCUUAGCACGUGUUGGUGUGACAGUUGAUGAAGUAUUUGAACGAAUGCUACCUUGUCACAGUUUUAUUGACAUUAAUGCAAUGAAUGAUCUAAUGGAAGCCAACCCAAUUGAUGACUCUGUACUACAGGCUAGGUUUGAUGAAUAUAGUGAUAACAUUGAUAAAUUCAUUGAUUCAGUAGAACUCAAUGAUAUCGUUAAAACUAUUGAUGCAGCAAUUAUUGGAGAAAGUACCAAAGUUGAUCCAAAAGUAAUUCUCAAACUGUCUGGAAGAUGGAAUGAUCAAACUAUUGGCCAUGUUCAUAAGCUUAUGAAUUAUUUAUUUGACGAAGAAGCAAAAUAUGUUACAAUAAAGAAGUUUUUACGAGGAUCAAUUUCUAUACAACUUUUAGUAUUUUCCAAUAGAUCAAUUCAGCCUCUCAUUGUGAAAUCACAGGCUAAAAUUCCCUUGUUGCAUCUCCUUGGAAUAUUUCAACUGAUCAUUGACAAUCAAACUAUUAUUGACAGAGAGGAAGAUACUAGCUUUACAUUUGAAGAAUCACUUCUACAGUCUAUUGCAAGUAUUGACAGUGAUAUAGAAUAUCAGAGGUUAUCAUUACUACUGAUAGAACUUAAAAUAAAACUAAAUUACCAAAACACAAAGGGCCAGACUGCACUAAUGUUAGCUAGUGAAGGUGGACACAUUGAAAUUUUUUACUCAUUGCUACAAAAUGGUGCCAAUCCAUUUGUACCACUACCAGCCAAUGAAGGAUACAUUGGAUUGAACUUUUUAGCAUGUACUGCUCUCUCUCAGCAUAUAUACAAAUCAAUUGGAGGAGAAAAAAUUAUACCACAAGAAGACACUUCAGUUGAAGACAUGCUGGAAAUGGCUGUUAAAGAAAGAGGA